AUGUCGCGGCGGCGGUGGCGGGGCCCGCAGAGCGCGGAGGGCAGCGGCCGCGGGGGCGAGAUGGGGAAGAUGGCGGCGGGCGGCGGCGGCGGGGGAGGCUCGGGACGUUAUUAUGGCGGGGGCGGCGGGGGUGGGGAAGGCGGCCGAGCUCCCAAGCGCCAGAAGACGGAGAACGUGGAGCCGCCGCCUCACGGGCCCGGUGGGCCGGGGGGGGCUGGCGGCGGGCCCGGUGCUGCCGGAGCGGAGAACUACGACGACCCCCACAAGACGCCCGCCUCCCCUGUGGUCCAUAUCAGGGGGCUGAUCGACGGCGUGGUGGAGGCCGAUCUCGUGGAGGCCCUGCAGGAGUUUGGCCCCAUCAGCUACGUGGUGGUGAUGCCCAAGAAGAGACAAGCUCUGGUGGAGUUCGAGGACAUCCUGGGCGCCUGCAACGCCGUUAAUUACGCGGCCGAUAACCAGAUCUACAUCGCUGGCCACCCCGCCUUCGUUAAUUACUCCAAGCAGAAGAUAUCCCGCCCCGGGGACACAGAUGAUUCCAGGGGGGUCAACAACGUCCUGCUCUUCACCAUCCUCAACCCCAUCUACUCCAUCACGACGGAUGUGCUCUACACCAUCUGCAACCCCUGCGGCCCCGUGCAGAGGAUCGUUAUCAGGAAAAACGGUGUCCAGGCCAUGGUGGAGUUUGACUCGGUGCAGAGUGCCCAGCGCGCCAAGGCGUCCCUCAACGGCGCUGACAUUUACUCUGGGUGCUGCACGCUGAAAAUCGAAUACGCCAAGCCCACCCGCCUCAACGUCUUCAAGAACGACCAGGAUACCUGGGAUUACACCAACCCCAACCUCAGCGGACAAG